UUAGAGUGUUAAGGUUGGGCAGGUGGCACAAAAUAAGCUAUUUAUGGGCAGAGCUGCUCUUGUGAGAACCUUCUUCUUUCCCUCUGCCUGGAGUACCCUUCCCGCACAUUAGCAUGGCUUGCUUUCUCAGUUUCUUCAAGUCUUGCAAAUGUCACAUUUUCAAUGCCCAUCCUAUUAUGACAUCCUCCCCUCUAUCCCAUUUACCUGGAUUUAUGUUCCUUUUGUUGUUUUAAUAGGGCUCAUCUGAUAUACAAGUUACUUCUUUAUUUACAGUCUGCCUCUUAUCACUAUCUGUUCCAGGAACAAGAAGACUGAAAUUUUAUUUUGUUUCUUGCAGUUUUUCCAGAAUCCGGAACAAGAUCUGGCAUGUAGCAGGGACUCAUACCUACGCACAGUAUUUGUUGAGGAUACGAAGAGUAUUGGAGUAGAUGUCAGAAGACCUGAGUCUCAGUCACAACUGUGCUGCAAGAUAGCUGUGCAGUCUUUGGCCAAACGGAACCUCUAAGCCUCAGUCGCCACCUCUGGUAACUUGGGAUGAUUGUCCAGCCUCUCACUCGUGGCUGGCAGGUCUGCCGUGAAACACUGGGUCUCCCUUUGGUGAUCAGAAUCACCUCGAGAGUUUGUUAAAAUACAGGUUGCCGGCCCCACACCCAGAAUUUCUGAUUCUGGAGGUCUGGCGGCCAGAAAAUCUGCAUUUGUGCAGUGUUGCAGUUGGUGCUGAUGCGCUGGAGUGUGGGCCACGCUUCAAGGACCGCUGAUAAAGACAGAUACGGUACCGAAAGCUCGCAGCCCCAGCGGCCGGGCCUAGAUAAAGUACUGGCACUAAGGACCACGCAGGACCUCGGGGUACAAGAGAAUGGACUCGUCCGUCCCUUAAUUCACUCCACAACUAUUUAGAAAGCGCCAGUUAAAUGCCGGGAGCUCGGGGUGGGGUGGGGUGGAGGGCGGUCGUCGGAGCACGCGGGUCAAGUCAAGGCCCAAGCGGCCGUGGACUCAGACCCCGGCCGGAGCAUGGGGGAGGGGCUGGGGCCACCGCACCCGGAAGGAAGUCCCCGGAGCCACGAGCUGGCGACGAAAAGGCAGAGGUAGGCUCGCAGGCCUGGGCGCUGCAGACUCCUCGGAACUUCCCGGGACCUGCAAUACCCUCAGACGCGGUGACGGAGGCGCGGCCCCGGCUCGGCGCGCGCCCGCACACAGUAGGCGCGGCCCCGGCCCGGCGCGCGCCCGCACACAGUAGGCGCGCCGCGCGGGCGGGCGGAAGGGGGCGGCGGCGCGCGGUAUCCGGGGGCGGAGCCAGCGCGGCCCGCGGGGCAGUCGGGCGCCGGCCGCGAGUGCCAGCGGCGAUGGGCGAGGGCGGGCUGCCCCCGGCCUUCCAGCUGCUGCUGCGCGCCUGCGACCAGGGCGACACGGAGACGGCGCGGCGGCUGCUGGAGCCAGGGACGGCGGAACCGGCCGAGCGCAGCGCAGAGCCGGAGGGGGGAGCGGAGCCGGCGGAGGCCGAGGCGGCCGGGCCCAGGGCGGCGGCGGCUGGAGCGCCGGUGCCAGUGGACUGCUCCGACGAAGCGGGCAACACGGCGCUUCAGUUCGCUGCGGCCGGGGGCCACGAGCCGCUGGUGCGCUUCUUGCUGCGCCGUGGUGCCUCGGUUAACAGCCGCAACCAUUACGGCUGGAGCGCGCUCAUGCAGGCGGCCAGAUUUGGACACGUGAAUGUGACACACCUCCUUGUGGAUCAUGGGGCUGAUAUCAAUGCCCAGAACCGGCUAGGGGCCAGUGUGCUCACUGUGGCCUCCCGGGGUGGUCACCUGGGUGUGGUGAAGCUACUCCUGGAAGCUGGUGCCUUUGUGGACCAUCCCAACCCCUCAGGCGAGCCGCCAGGGGUGGGGACCAGCAGAGAUGAACCUCUGGACAUCACAGCACUGAUGGCGGCCAUCCAGCACGGGCAUGAGGCUGUGGUGCGUCUGCUGAUGGAAUGGGGUGCAGACCCCAACUAUGCAGCCCGGACUGUGGGCUGGAGCCCACUGAUGCUGGCUGCGCUCACUGGGAGACUCGGUAUGGCCCAGCUGCUGGUAGAAAAAGGAGCCAACCCCGACCACCUCAGUGUGCUGGAGAAGACCGCCUUCGAGGUUGCACUUGACCACAAGCACAGGGACCUUGUAGACUACCUGGACCCACUGACCACCAUCAGGCCCAAAACAGAUGAGGAGAAAAGGCGACCUGAUAUUUUCCAUGCAUUGAAAAUGGGAAACUUCCAGCUGGUCAAAGAGAUUGCUGAUGAAGAGCCCAACCAUGUGAACCUGGUCAACGGGGAUGGUGCAACCCCCCUGAUGCUGGCCGCGGUCAUGGGGCAGCUGCCGCUGGUGCAGCUGCUGGUGGAGAGGCACGCCGAUGUUGACAAACAGGACAGUGUUCACGGCUGGACAGCCCUCAUGCAGGCCACCUAUCACGGGAAUAAGGAAAUUGUCAAGUACCUGCUAAAUCAGGGAGCCGAUGUCACGCUUCGUGCAAAAAAUGGGUACACGGCUUUUGAUCUAGUGAUGCUGCUGAAUGAUCCUGACACGGAACUUGUUCGACUGCUGGCAUCUGUCUGCAUGCAGGUGAAUAAAGACAAAGGCCGGCCCAGCCACCAGCCCCCACCCCCAGUGAAGAUCCGACAGUCCUGGAGUAUCCCAGUGCUGCCCGAUGACAAGGGCGGGCUGAAGUCCUGGUGGAAUCGAAUGUCCAAUCGGUUCCGGAAGCUCAGACUGAUGCAGACACUGCCCCGGGGGCUAUCCAGCAACCAGCCUUUGCCUUUCUCUGAUGAGCCUGAGCCAGCUCUGGACUCCACCAUGAGGGCGGCCCCCCAGGACAAGACAAGCCGCUCUGGGCUCCCUGAUGCAGCCUCCGUGACCAAAGACAAGGGUCCUGGGAGCACAAGAGGAGAAAAGGAAGAUGCGUUAUUGACAACCAUGCUUCGAAACGGAGCCCCUUUCACCAGACUCCCGAGUGACAAGCUGAAGGCAGUCAUUCCCCCCUUCUUGCCCCCUUCCAGUUUUGAGCUGUGGAGCUCUGAUCGGUCCCGCACCUGCCACAAUGGGAAAGCAGAUGCCAUGAAGACUGUACUGCCCCAGAGAGCUAGCAGGGGCCACCCGGGGGGCAGCGGGAGCACAGAUUCCGCGCCAGUCAGGCCUGUGAAGUUUCCAAGUCUCUCUAGAAGCCCAGCCUCUCCCACCAGUUCUGGAAAUGUGAACCACUCUCCUCAUUCGUCCAGCAGCUCCAGUGGGGUAGGGGGCCUCAGCAGGCAUGGUGGGGAGCUGCACAGCCGCUCAGGUGGCAGCAUAGACAGCGUCUUGUCCCAAAUCGCUGCCCAGAGGAAGAAAGCAGCCAGAUUAUCUGACCAGAAGCCCAGCCGUCAGUCAAGUCCUGUGGGGCCAGCACUCGGGUCCAGCUCCUCUGAGCUUCCAGUCUUCCCUGCAGGCAGCAGCAUUCCUGGUGGCAAGCAGAAAGUGGAGAGCAGCAAAAGGCCCCCAUCUGGAACUUCCAAUACCUCCAAAAGCACCUCCCCCACCCUCACGCCCUCCCCAUCACCCAAGGGGCACACAGCCGAGUCUUCAGUGUCCUCGUCCUCAUCCCACCGGCAGUCCAAGAGCAGCGGGGGCUCCAGCAGUGGCACCAUCACGGAUGAGGACGAACUGACUGGAAUCCUUAAGAAAUUAUCACUUGAGAAGUAUCAGCCUAUUUUUGAAGAACAAGAGGUGGAUAUGGAGGCCUUCCUCACACUGACUGAUGGCGACUUGAAGGAGCUGGGCAUUAAGACAGAUGGGUCCAGGCAGCAGAUUCUGGCAGCAAUUUCUGAACUGAACGCAGGCAAGGGACGCGAGAGACAAAUUUUACAGGAAACCAUUCACAACUUCCACUCUUCCUUUGAGAGCAGUGCCAGCAACACCAGGGCCCCUGGCAGCAGCCCCUGUACGUGACCUCGUCCUAUGGCUACAGUCUAUGGCCGGGUGGGUGAGGCCAGAAGAAGCCAUCUCCAGCAAGAGGUAGCAGCAGCUGAGAUGGCUCUGCUGGCCAGAGCCAGUCGGAGAAGGAAGGGUCGACCUUUGGAUCCUGCCCUCCAUUGGCGUGUGACGCUGGUCUUCCCAGCAAGGUGGACAGAACAGGAGGAGACAGUCUGGCCAAACUGUAGGAGCUGACGCCGUGGGCAGAGAGGGGGCAGGGAGGCCUCCCUCUGACUUGCUCUUGCUGUGGAGCUGUCUGAAGACCGUUGUUGCAUAGGCCAGGCCUGAGGCCGAUGACUGCGAACAUCCAUACUGACCUGCACUUCCCAGUCAGUGCCUCCAGAAGGACCUGGGACCCUUCCCAAGAAGAUUCUGCAGUCCGGAAUAAAGGUGCCAUACCAUGUCUGUCCUUGUCCAUUCCUAACAAGUUAAUCAUGCCUUGUUAACCAGUACCGUAGGUCCUAUGCAACAUGUAAAAAUACCUGAUGUUGUCCCUAAUAAAAUUGAUCCAAAAUUCUG